AUGUAUGCUUUAACACGCAUGUAUUUUAUCAACUCGUUUGGUAAGAUUUUUUGAACAGUUCAAAAUGUUUUCACAAUUUUUUUAAAAAUUUUCGGUGGAAAAUUACACACUGUGUUUUGAAGAGGAAUAAAAUUUGAUUUUUCAAUUUAUUUGAAAUAUCUUCAGUCCAAAAGUUCUACAAAAAACCAAGAACCAAAUGAAAAAUGAAAUCAUAGCCUCAUUAAAAUUCCAUCUAAUUAAGCAAAUUGGAUUCAGGCAGGCAGGCAGGCAGGAAAAAGAAAAAAAAGCUAUGAAAAAAAUGAAUAUAAACCUACUGUAACAUCCAAUUUAUUUAUUUAUGUAUUCUUUUCUUGCAGAUUUUCUCAGCUCCUGUUUAUCUUCGCAAUGCUUGAAUGGUGGAACUUGUGCUAACUCAACUGGUCUUUUUAGAUGUCAAUGCACUUCACUUUUUCAUGGACCAUUUUGUCAAUGUGGGUUUUUUUUGGGAAUACAAUUUGAGUGAAACAGGUCCACAAGAUCAUUUUUUUUCAGUCGACAAUAAUGAAACCAGUUACGAGUGGACACUUUUGGAAAUUUCCAUAUUUUUCUUUGUCAUUUUUAUGGUCGUUUUUGCAGUCAUGAUUAUCUGCUGCGCGUGAGUUUUCUGGGGUUUUUUUUCAGAAAAUUAAAAAAAUCUUCUGGAGCACCGAUAAGCUUAAUUUUAUUGAUCAAUAGAAUUUUAGAAAUAAAAUUGAAUUUUUGAAAAUCUGAAAAGUUGGAUAUGAUUUCUGAAACACGUAAUUUUUUUGAGAGUUACUGUAACUAUGCCUGGGCAAAUUUCUAGGCUAGUGUAGCCCAAAAUUUCCAAGAACUCGAGAGAAAAUUCCGGAGCCCGGGUUUUUCUUAAACGUGAGAAUUUUGAAAUAUCACAAGAUAACAAAUCCCUAUUUUCAUUUCAAAAAUUUGAAAAAUACAGAAAUUUUGGACAAAACUACGAUUCAAAAAUUUUUCCAGAUCUUCGAAUCAUAUGGGUUUCUACAUCAGUGUCCCGAACAAGCACUACAACAGGUAAGGUUAUGAAAAAAAGGUCCAGGAAGGCCCAUCAAAAAUUUUUAGAAAUAUGAUUUUUCAUAUCUGAUUCAGAAUUGUUAUCUGAAAAUUGAAACUCUUCAAAUCAAAUCACGAUAAACUUCUUUCUCUCAAAUAAUACAAAUUCCAAAAAAUCUAAUUUUUUUUCCAGAUGGGAAGACGAGGAUGAUAUGUUUGAUGAAUCACAAAGUGAUAACGGAGAGCAAAUAAUGGCAAUGUCAGAUAUUCGGAAACAAUUUGAGAAAAACACAACAACAACACCACCAACGGUAACACGUGGUUUAGUUGUGUCAAGAACUCGCGAAACGGUUUUGGAAGAUCUUGAAGAUUCCACAAUUUUGCAACUGUAAACAAUAAAUAAAUAAAUAAAUAAAUAGAACAAAAAAUAUUGUGGUUUUUUGUUGAUCUACAUACUUCUCUGUGAUUCAUUGUAUUUCCGAUUUAUUUUACAACAUAAACGUCAUUCAUAUGUAAAUAUGUGUAGUUGUUUUUUUCUGAUUCAUCCCUGGAUAUGCAAACUUUUUUUUUGAUCUACUAUGUUUUGGCAAAUGUUGACUGAGACAAAACAAACACCGUGUUUUUUUCGAUUUUGAUACAUUUGCUUGCGCAAGCUGUCAGUUUUUUUUUUUUUCUAUCUUGAUAUCGAAACUGGACUUGGUUUGAGACCAAUUUGGAGCAAUUUUAAUUGGGAAAAUGUUUUUUGGUUUUUUGCUGGAAAAUGUGUAAACAAGAGGAAUGAAUUAUUUGGAUGAGGAGAUCUCGAGUUUCAAACAUUGGUCGAAAGUUUGUGGGAAGAUUCUGAAAUUAGGGGAUGAUUUUUAGUGGAAGAAAGCUGAAAAAUAAAAAAAUUCAAUUUUUUUUCUACAUUUUUUGAUAGCCUGGAAAACUAACUUCACAAUAGAAAAGUUUAAUUUUGAACCGGGAAAAUUACUUCAGAAAAUUGAAACCGAAAACAUUUUGAAAAAAAUUUCUAGAAAAAAAGUUCAUAAAUUGAUUUUCAAAUGCUUGUGAGAUUGAAAAAAAUAGAAAUUCUUUUCAAAUUUCAACUUUUUUUGUGAAAAUGAAUUUUUGAAGUAUUCCAAACAUUUUCAAAAUUCUGAAAACAGCUAGAAAAAAAUUGAACUUUUUUAAAUGUGGAGUUUGAACAAAAAAUAAGUUAUGCUAAUUUGAAAAAGCAUCCUUGAAGGAUUUUUUUCUGGGGGCAUUUCAAACUUGGUUUAAAAAUUUCAAAAAUAGAAAAAACAGUGAAACACCGUGUAAAAUGACCUGAAAUUCUAGAUGCACAGUAGUUUGGAGCUGUGUUUCUCUGUCAAUUCCGAUUUGUAUUUUUUUUAAUCAGAAGACGAACAAAAAUCGAUUUUUAUGUAAGAUUCCAUCUUGAAAAUUCAAAAAAAAAACAAGUAGAAUUUCUCAAAAUGUUCCAUUUUUUUUCAAUUUUAUUAAAAAUUAGUUUAUGUUUUCAUAAAAGUUUCCUAAUUUAUUCUGAAUUUUUGAAAAUCUAAAUCUUCAGAUUCUAAAAAAGUGCAUUCAUCAAACAUCAAAUGAUCAUUGUUACAAAUUGCCAACAAAAGGUUUAUGUAGUCCAAACAAAAAAAAACCAUGUUUUUUCUUUUCUUUCUCUCUCGCCUGUCUACAAAUUACUCACUCACAAGCAAUCAUUUUCUUCUCACUUCUCCUCUAUUUGUUCCAAUGUUUUUUUGCUGCCAUUCGCCCGUAAGUAUUUUUUUCUGUAUCUGAUGCAUGUUUGUUUGCGAUUUACGUGCACUUGCCGCCUGCUCGCGCACCGAUCAAAUACGGUAGGCGGCAAAGGUGUGGUGGGCGCCGUUUUGCGUAUAGAUAAAGUCGGACACGUCGGUUAGCAUCAGUCUUGCUUGCCGCGCAGCGCUUUGCUCGCAAGUAGACGCAACCAACUUUAUUUGAUAUUUUUUUCUAAUAUUCCUAGUUUAUCUACGAAAAUAUUAUGCAACGAAUAAAAGUGUCACUUAUGUUUGGCACCAUUUUUAGUUUCAUUUUUCUUUCUAUUGUCAUUCAGGCAACAUCUGGAGAAAAAGUAGAUUUAUCGGAACAUCUGAAACAUUUCACAAAUGUCAGAAGGCUGAAUGCGUGAGUUUUUUGAGAUCGGGGAACUUGGGGUUUCUAGAGAUUUUGAAAACCUUUUUUUCUCAAAAUUUCAUAUAUAUUUUCAGUUACCCAUACACUGCUCCUGAAAGAGUAGUCGAUAAAGCAAAAUGCACAUUUCGAAAACAUCGGAAACCACAAUCGAGCCCUUAUCCAUAUCCAUUAGCAGAUCCAUCGAUGGCUGGACAACCUGCAGCGGAUUGUGAGUUUUUUUGAGAUCUUGAGCCUAAAGAUCGCGGGCUUCAGGGAAAGAGAUCUGGGGGUCAGAUCUGGUUUACUAAACACAAUGUGAAAUUUAUUCAACCGCAAAUUUUUGAGUGAAAAAAAAUGAUUAUUUCAAAAAGUGGAAAAUCAAAAAUCACAAUUUUCAGAAAAAUGAAAAAUUCUCCAAUAUUUUUUUGGUGGUCCAAUUUUGACGGUCUGAAAAUCAGACCUGAUUAGUCGGCCCUGGCUCAAAAUUGACAAGCUCAAUUUUUAGGAUAUGUUUACAAAACACAGUGUACAGUACUUCUGGAGCUCUCUAAAAUCUUCUGAAAGUGCCUGGAGGUUUCUGGGGGGCUUCAAUAGGCCUUAGAAGACUUCAGUAGGCUUUAGAAGGCUUUAGAAGGCUUCAAUAGGCUUUAGAAGGCUUUAGAAGGCUUUUGUAGCAUUCUGAAAGCGUCUGGGGGCUUCUGGGGGCUUCAAAAUCUUCCAGAAAACUUCAGAAGGCUUUAGAAUCCUCCAGAAAAUUUCAGAAGGCUUUUGAAGCAUUCUGAAGCUAUCUAUGUUCAUAGUUUGAUUCAGAAAUAGUGUUGAAAAAUUCACAGUUAUGAAAAAUUCAUUUAGAUCAUUUAGGAACAUUUUUUCUCAUAAAACCUUCCCGAUUUCCUCCCCAAACCCUUGAAUUUUUAGUUAACGGAAUGAGUGGAAUGCCCGGAAUGCAAUCAAAUCGUCAACCACCACUUCAAGUUGUUCACCCACCGGCGCCAAAUGAAAAAGACUGGGUGCUAACCGCUGGUAAUGAAAGUCUUGUUGACAAUGUUCUCGCAAUCUCCCUCCAAUAUGGCGGAAGAUUGGUGUCAAUGGGUUAUUAUUUGCAGAAUAAUGAUGUCAAAUACUACGCAAUUAUGCAUAAAUAUACUGGUAAAUUAAUAAAAUCAGCAGAAAAAAAAAAGAAAAAAAAAUUUUUUUCUAGGACCGGUAUUUAUUAAACCCUCGCCGAUGACAUUUGAUGAGCUUAUCAAAGCGGUUCGGGAAAAUGAGGCACGUGAUCUUGCGCUAACUCAAGUUUGUGGCCAAGAAGGUAAACCUGGAGAGAUUACUUUCACCACUUAUUGGGAGCGCAUUCCUGGAGCGGAGUUUCAUGUGAGUUUUUUGGAGAGAGAGUCCAGAGAAAACAUUUUGUCUGCGUCUCGCUUAGAGACAAUGCAAAAGGAAGAGAGCGCAGACACUGUUCUUUCUGUAGAAGGACAAUUUUAUUAGUUUUUGUGCCAACUUUGAAUCUUUAAAUUCUGAAAAAAAAACUUCCAGAGUUUUAAUUAUUAAAAUAAUUCUUAUUUUCAGGUCUGGUUCCCUGGACAACCGCACGCUGACGAGCAAAAAGAGCAUUUCGAGCAAAACGGUUUCCGCUUAACAUAUCUCUGUGGAUACAGUGAAGCUGGAAAAGGAAAAUAUGUCGGAGUUUGGCAAAAACCUGCAACAUCUUCUGCACAAUAUGAAGCACAUUAUGGUUUAACAAUGGAAGCCUGUAUGCAAAAAGAUCGACUUUUGACACAAAAAGGAUUUGUCGCAACUUCGAUCCGUGUUUUCAACAAUCGAAAUCAGGUGUUAUGCACGGGCAUUUGGGAGAUGAAAAAUGGUCGAAGUAGUGUUCAAGUUGGACCGAAUUUAGAGACUAUGUAUCGAACUAUGCAGAGGAAUCCGAAUAUGUUGCCGAGACAAAUUUCACAUUAUUUGGAUAAUUAUCAGAAUGUAAGAGAAUAGUGUGAUUUGAAAAAAAAAAGUUUUUUGUAGAUUAUUUAUGUUGUGCUUUGGAGUGAUAUUGAUACGAAUCGAUAUCCAAACCCUAAACCUCUUUGGGAUGAAACGUGAGUUUUUAAGGGUUUUUGAGAUUUUUUGGAAAUUCUGAAAAUCUUCUGAAAAUCCUGUCAGGGGUUUCGAGGCUUAUUGGGCUUUUUGGAAAAUAUUCCUGAUGAAUUUUACUAUUUCAAAUAAGCUCUAAGCUUCAAAAUUCAAAAAUUUUCAUUGUUGCUCAAAGAAAAAGUAACUCAAAAACUCCCAUCUUCAGUUAAUCCGAUAAUUUAGCCUAACUCAACAAUUUGAAAUUUCAUUUUUAUGAAUAUCCCUUGUUAGGAGGACCUCAAAAUUGGGAUUUUCUAUUUUUAUCACAGCAUUGCUCAUGUUAGAGGUUGAACUACGUGAAAUUUGACCACUUCAGCAAAAAUCUCCAAAUUUCCAAAUUUUCAGACCAAUCCCAGUGCGAUUCCUCAAAGGUUCUCCAGAACUUUUGCGCGAAGAUCAAAUGGAAUUUCUGAUCCGGAGAGUCGAACAUUUUAUGAAGGAUCUGAACAUACCAGGACUCUCAAUCGCAAUUUCGAAAAAAGAAAAACUCAAAUUUGCGGCAGGUUUGUUUGCAUUUAUUGAAACAUCAUCUUUAUUGUGUGUGUCCGAGAGAAAAAACAACAAACAUCUAGUUUUGCUUUUGUCAUGAACAAUAAGAUUAUUGUAGGUUUUGGGUAUACCGAUAUUCGCAAAGAGGAACCUGUUACACCGAAUCAUCAGUUCAGGUAAAUUGAGACUUUUUAUUAGGGAUUUGGAGAAUAGAGAUCAAGGAUUUUGUUUAGAGUUGGAUCAGUUUCAAAGCCGGUUACCGCUGCAGCCAUCAUGCUUUUGAUAGAUAAAGGACACUUUGAUCUCGACUCCAAACUCUUUGGGAAAAAUUCGAUUUUCGAAGAUGAAUUCAGUAAAAAACAUCAAUAUCCGAGAUAUGUUACGGAAAUCACUGUGAGACAUUUGUUAGAGCAUACUUCUGGAGGAUGGGAUAAUCUACAAUCGGAUGCGGCUUGGAUUCAACCGGAGAUGAGUACGAAAGAACUUGUGCAGCAUGUUCUUACAAAUGUGCCGUUGGAGUAUAAGCCUGGAACUAUGUGGAUUUAUUCGAAUUUUGGAUAUCAACUUUUAGGUAGGAUUUUUGUGAGCUGAAAAAAUCAGUGAGACACCGUGUAAAAUGGCCUGAAAAUCUAGAUAUACAGUAGUUUAGAGCUGUGUUUUUCUAUCAAUUUUAAUUUUUAUGAAAUUCUGUUAAUGGCUUUUUUUAACCAUUGAAAUUGGAUUUAAAUAAAUCGUCCACCUUUAAGAGCUUCAAGGAUUUUUGAAGAUUCCGAGGUUUCAGAAAUUCUGGAACUUCUAGAAGUUUGCAACAUAUUAGGGAUUUACAACCUGUCAAAGCUUUUCAGCAGAUUUUAAAAUUCUGAAAACUUUCAAAUUCAAGGCUUCCAGAGCUUUCAGAGAUUCCACGGACCUUUUUUCAGUCAAUUCAAAACUCAAACAACUUUCUAGCCUUCCAAAAUGUUUCUCAGGGCUCUGGAAUAAUCACAAAUUUUCUAGACUUCAAAAAAAUUCCUCGAAAUUCACCUUUCCAAUUUUCUUUUUUUUUGAUGUACACUUCAUCUCGAGAUUUUCCUAACCUUCAAAACCACCGUACUAUUUAUUUUUGCCUUUCCAUUUCUAGUUUGAAAUCCAAUCUUUACAUAUUGAAAUUGAGAAGUUUUGUAAAAAUGACACUUUUUUUCGCUCUUCAAAAAUCUGAUCCCCCUCCUCUCGAAAAUCCCAAAAAUCUUUAAAAAAUGUACAUAAAUAAAAAGUUUUUAUAGGUUUUCUGAUCGAAACAACCACCGGAAUGUCCUAUGAGGCGUUUGUCAAAAAGAACAUUUUCGCACCAUCUGGCGUUUACGAUAUUCAAGUGGCUCGACCGACGAUUAGCGAGAGAGCACCGUAAAUUUUUUGUUUCGGGAAUUUUUUUUUUUUUGAGAAAAAAAAAUAUGUGGAGAUGGAAUGGGAACAUUUAAGAGAAAAAUUUCAAAAUUUUUAUAUUUUCAGACGAGAAGUGAUGUAUUACAUGUCUGGAAAUGGGUUGGGCUUCAAUCCAUAUGAAAUGUUGGCCCCGGAACGAAUUGGACCAUGGGGAGGCUGGAUUGCAAGCCCUAUUCAAUUAUUGAUGUUUAUGGUAGGCCUGGGGACCAUGAAAAUUAGAUUUUCAAUUUAAUUUGGAAAUUAUAAGACCCGAAAUAAAUUUAUGAGGUGACCAAGUUUUUUGAAAAAAUUUUAAGGCUUUUUGAAUAUACUGUAGUUCUUCUGAACUAUGAAAUUUCAAAAAAAAAUCAGAAUUUGAACACAAAUUUUAUAGAAAAAAAAAAAGUUUAAAAUAUUUUUUUUUAGAAUUUUGAUUCAAAAUUCAUAUCCUCGGAAUAUUUAAAUUCCAAACUAAAUUUUUCAGAGUCGAAUUGAUGGCUUCAAAGAAAGAAAUGAUAUUUUGAGUGAAACCGCAAUCGUUGGUCUCAAAACACCUUCACUCGCAUCAAAUGACACAUAUGGUGAGUUCAAACUACACAUAGACUAAAACGAUAAGCCGAGUCACAUAUUUUUUCCAAAAAAAAACAUUUUUUUCCCAGGGCUUGGCUGGUCUUUGAAUAUAAUGGGUUUCAAUGGUUGGCAACACGAUGGUCGUAUGCCUGGAAGUGCAGCAAUGCUUGUUCGCCUUGACAAUGGCUUGGAAAUGGCUGUAACUGUCAACAAGGAAUAUUCGGAACGUGACUUUUUCCAUGAACUUGGUUAUGUUCUUCAUCACGUUGGAAAUAAUUGCGAUUGGUGGGAUGAUGAUUAUGAUUUGUUCCAGAAAUCGAAGAGAACUUUGAGAAGUAUCAAUAAGAACGCAUUGUCAUAA